UCUUGUGUUAAUUAUUUUGUCAUUUAAAUUUUUUAUAAAUAUUUGACUUCAAAUAAGUAAAAUUAUAUUUGUAAUUAGUCCUUUGGUCCAUAUUCCGGUUGUAUAAUCUAUAGGCAGUUUUUAUAUAUGCGUAAAUAUAAAAUAGUUAAAAUUUUUAGAGGGAAUAAAGGAAAUUGUAUGAUGAAUUUUAAUCAUUCAAGUGCCAUCAGUUCACCUACAAAUUUCAGAUCCGAAUACUGUAUUGUAUCUAAUCAUGAAAAAUGUGGCGAUAGCAGUUACAAUUAUAACUUUAGUCGCCCCAACAGACAUGACAUUAGAUUGAUGGCAGGUUUAAAGAUAUUUGCCUUCAUUCUAAUGCACGUUUGGUGUAAAGGUAGAAAGGAAAUUAAACAGUUAAAACAAUCUAUGGAAGAUUUAAAAAAUAUGUGUAUGAGAUCGGAAAAUCAAAUUCAUGUCUACAGCACUCUAAUGAGAAUAGAACAAAGUCGAAACGAUGAACUGACUGCUCAACUGAAAAGAACUUUGAAUAAUUUAAAACGCAAAGCAGAAUCCUGUGAAAUCACUGCAAUGAAAUUAUCCAAUUUAAAGACAAAUAAAGCUCUAUUGGAACAUGAACUCAAAAAUAGAUACGAGGAAUAUGAAGCUCUGCAUGAAAUUUUGUCACAAACCAAAACAGAACUAUUCCGAUCCAUGAUGGAACAAAGAAAUUUGCAAAUGGAGCUUUGCAAAGCGCAGCACUGUGUGCAGUCCUUGGAAAUUGAAAAAAAGGAUCUCACAAUGCAGAUAUGUAACCUUAAAAAAGAACAUCGUCCAAUAGAAGAACCGUUAAAUGUUAAUGAUAAUAAACUUAUUACAGUUAAAGACUCGGUGGCGGAAUGUCAGACAAAAUUAAUUGAUACUCAAAAAGAUUAUAUUUUUGAUAAUUUUACUAAUUCAACGAAAGCUUCCGAGGAAUUGUCAAAAGUGGGUGUAAAAAGCCUGCCCAUACGACGUUUUGGUAUGUACUGGACACGUUUCUUGGAAUAUCCAAAAUAUACCUUACGUUGUGUUCAUAUUUUAACUUGUUAUCUAUUGCCCGCUAUGCCACCACCAUCGGCAAAAUUCACAUAAAAGUUGAUCUAAUUGAUUCAUUUAAUUGUCUAAUUAUCAUCUAAAACACUGCAUUGUUUAAAUCCGUUUUUGGCUAUUAUUUUGCAGCUUGUUUUGCAAAUAUCUUAGUUUUAAAUAGAAUAAGAUGUUUGCAGAUCUGUAAUAUGAUAGACAUUACAUAUAA